GGCAGGCAGGGAGGGACAGACGGAGCUGCUCCUUGCUGCUCUCUCCUCCCUUUGAGCUUCCUAGUGCUCUGCCUGUGUGGGGGCCUGAGGAAUGGGGACUAGGGGAUGGACGCUCUCCACCUUCCUGGGAUGCUGCGUCUGGAUUCUGCAUGGGCUUGGGGCUGCUGCUGCCCCUGUCACUACUGAGGGGCCCUUUACUGUGGGGACAGCUUUUCCCAUCAGAGCAGAGAAUGAAGGGCCCAGUGCCCUGGUGACGGGCACUGCGGACACAAGCACCACGGCGGCUGAUGCUGAGAUAGACGAGAGCAUCUUCACGAGGAGCCCACUGAGUUUGACCUUCCCUCCCAGGACCGAGCUGGACUCUUUUGUGACUGCGAUGAGUGAAUAUGGCUCUACAGUGCCAACCUUGAUGAAUGUGACCAAGCCUCUUAACACAUCUCAGGGUAUUGAGGGGAGGUUGGCUGCUUCCACUACAGCCACAACCGCUGCUGCUAUCACUGCACAACACCCUGCUGUCACCCCAGAAGCAGAGCAUGAGGUAAUAGAGGCCACUCCUGAUCCCACCCUAGACAUCAACCCAGAUGUGAAGGAAGACAUCCCUGCAGCUGUGACCAGAGGAGAAGAAGACAUAGACCUCACCACUGGCAAUAUGUCCUACCCUACCACCCCUCCACCAGCAGAUGCCUGGGUGCCACAGCCAACUGCUGGCAGCCCCGUGGGUGUCAGUGUCACUGUGCUACCAAGCCAAGGGCUGACCACAGCCGUGGGAGCAGUUGAGGAAGUCGUAACUCUGUCUGCAUCUGUCCAAAGUGGAGCCAAUGCCAACUCCUUAAGUCCCAGCCCCAGCACUGAGGAGCUGCUUACGACCCAGCAGGGUGGAGUGGUGAGCAGGGUUGAGGGCACUAACCCAGAGACAGCAGAAGAAAUGGUCCCAGCUGCUGAGGAAAGUCCCUUUGCUUCAGAGUCUGGAGAUGCAGGAGAUACAACGAAUGGUGAAUUCAGCACAGCCAGUUCAUCUCACCUACCUCCAGAGAGCCCAGUGAUGUCAGAAACAGUGGGAAACCCUGGAGAGCCCUCCUUCCUCCCUGGCCACGCAGUGCUGAACCCAGACGCUUCGCUGGCACCGUCCACAGGGAAUGGAGAUGGGCAGGGAGUGUCAUCAGAAACUUCUGGUUCAGCUCUGUCACCUGCAGCCAGUGAGGCACCAGUGGCACCCGAGGAAACAGAGGACACUGCCACAACACUGUUGGCCCCAGAGGUUCCCACUUAUGCACAGAGUGAUAUGAAUCUCCCAACCGUGGCCACUGUGCUGCCCACAGGAGACAUGGGGGCUGUGGGUCUGGACAAUCCAUCCCUGCAGCCUGACCCAUGGCAGACCUUCACUGGAGAACAGCCACCACUGCUUCCUGAUGCUCUGACGGACACCCCCAGUGCUCCUGGGGCUGCUUACCCACUCCCAGGGGCUGAAGCCAACACCCUGUCUGCAGCUGAUGGUGCAGCAGAGACACCAUCCAGCCCCAACCUCACUACUGCCCCAGAAGCACCCAUGUCUCCAUCUCUUGGAGAGUCACAGCCAGGAGGGAUGCCAGAUGGACCUCCCCAAGAAUCUGAUGGACCUGACACUGGCUUGAGUUCAGAUUCAGAUGCCUCUAGCCCAGCCCCCUUUGUACCUGAUGGACUGGCAUGGCCCACUGCUGGGGUCCAGGGUCAGGGAGCUCAGGGGGCAGAGGACAUGGCACAGACAGGAGGUCCAGGGGAUGGCAGUCCCUAUACAGACACCCAGAGUGACAUAAGCCUUUCAGACACCCAGCCCUCAGCCUCUUCUGCUAAUAAUGGAGAGCUGCUGGCUGGAGGAACAGGAGAUUUGGCAAGUGCUGGGCAGUUGCCUCCAUCAGCUCUUGGGGAUGGAACAGGAGCAGGAGAUGCCUCAGCACUGGGAGAAGCGUCCUCACCUGGUUCUGUACCUCCCAGCAGUGCUGGAAUUGAGCCCGAUCUCUCAGGGGCUGAAGGACCAGUGGACCUGCCCAAUGAAUCUACCAGUGGUCCUGGGGCUGUUUACCCACUCCCGGGGGCUGUGUCUGGCCCUGCAUCUGAGACAGAGACACCAGUGAGCUCCAACCUCAGUGGUGCCCAGGGAGCACCUGGCUCUCCAUCCUUUGGUGGGUCGCAGCCAUGGGGAACAGCAACUGGUGCUCCCCAGGGAGCUGGUCUCUCUGGAGGUGAAGGACCAGACUCUGGCUUGUCUUCGUCAGGAGAUGCCCCCAGCUCAGCAGUUCAUGGACUGGCAGGACCCCCAUCACCUGCCCUUGAGGACCAGCUUGGCACAAACCUGGGGCUGCCAGCAGCUGGAGGGCCUGGAGUGGGCACAGCAGAGCAGGCACUGGAAGGAGCAGGCAGUGGGAUUGAUUCUGAGCCGUCCCUGAGCUCCACUGCAGGCAGUGGGAUGGUAGCUGGGAUAGAUCAACUUCCCGGUGAAGGUUCCUCAUCCGGUUCUGCCUUUCCCAGUGAUGUGGUGGCAGCACCUUCUGUUUCAAGGGGUGAUGAAGCAGGACCCAUCUCAGGUGCACCCCUUGGCCCUAACAGCCUGUCCUCGGCCUCUCCGGCCAGUGAAACUGGCCCAGGGAUUGGUCUGGUGGAGGGGGCAGAGAGUGGAGGGGAUGUGGCACAGGCUGGAAACCCAGAAAGUCCCUACAUAGAGACAAAUCCUUCAGCCUUCAACCCUCAGCAGGACCCCGCUAACACCAGAGAGCUGCCAGCAGGAGAAACAGGGGCUCUGGUGAAUACUGAGCAGUCCCCUCCACCAGCUCUCGGGGUCGGAACAGCAGCAGGAGAUGCCCUGGCACUGGGAGAAGUGUCCUCACCUGGUUCUGUACCUCCCAGCAGUGCUGGAAUGGAGCCUGAUCUCUCAGGGGCUGAAGGACCAGUGGACCUGCCCAGUGAAUCUACCAGUGGUCCUGGGGCUGUUUACCCACUCCCGGGGGCUGUGUCUGACCCUGCAUCUGAGACAGAGACACCAGCAAGCCCCAACCUCAAUGGUGCCCAGGGAGCACCUGGCUCUCCAUCCUUUGGUGGGUCACAGCCAUGGGGAACAGCAACUGGUGCUCCCCAGGGAUAUGGUCUCCCUGGAGCUGAAGGACCAGACUCUGGCUUGUCUUCGUCAGGAGAUGCCCCCAGCUCAGCAGUUCAUGGACUGGUAGGACCCCCAUCACCUACCCUUGAGGACCAGCUUGGCACAAACCUGGGGCUGCCAGCAGCUGGAGGGCCUGAAGUGGGCACAGCAGAGCAGGCACUGGAAGGAGCAGGCAGUGGGAUUGAUUCUGAGCCAUCCCUGAGCUCCACUGCAGGCAGUGGGAUGGCAGCUGGGAUAGAUCAACUUCCUGGUGAAAGUUCUUCAUCUGGUCCUGCAUCUCCCAGUGGUGUGGUGGCAGCACCUUCUGUUUCAAGGGGUGAUGAAGCAGGACCCAUCUCAGGUGCAGCCCCUGGUCCUGACAGCCUGUCCUCGGCCUCUCCGGCCAGUGAAACUGGCCCAGGGCUUGGUCUGGUGGAGGGGGCAGAGAGUGGAGGGGAUGUGGCACAGGCUGGAAACCCAGAAAGUCCCUACAUGGAGACAAAUCCUUCAGUUUUCAGCCCUCAAGAAGAUCAACUGCCUGGUGCAGGUUCCUCAUCUGGUCCUGCCCCUCCCAGUGGUGAGGUCGCAGCAUCCUCUGUUUCAGAUCCAUCCAGCCAGAGUGCACUUGGAGGAGAGGGCAAUGCUCCUGAGGCUCUUCAGCCUUCCCUGGAUGUUCCUGGGGUUCCUGCUGCUGCAGGAGAAGGGGCAAGUGAAAUGGCUGGUAACGGAGAGUCCAUGGGGCAGUCCCAGGCUCCUACUGGAAAUGGACCAGCUGGUUCAGGAACCCCUGAUGAAGAUAUGGGAGAUGUGUUGCAGUCUGUAUCUUCUUCCUCAUCUACAGAGGGAUCUUCAUUGCCUGGGAGGACUGAUGAGGCUGUUAGCAAAGCAAGUCUUCCUGGAGCUGAUGGAGCCGAUGGUGGCUUGAAUACAGGCUUGGGGGCCACUGGCCCCCAGGAAGCCCCUGUGUCUGUCCCUGGCAUCCAAAGUAGUGCCAAUAUUGAACUUUCUGAUGGAAAACAGCUGCUUCUCUGCUUCUCCCUGAGCAUGGGCUGAGCUCGGGGCUGGCACCCAAUGGAGACACCCACUCUGCCCCUGGCACCCAGAGUGGGAGCAGACCCCUGGUGCCAGGGGCACCGUCUGGGCUGGCAGGAGAGUCUGGAGGCAUUUCUUGGUCUCUUGAAGAUGAGUUGGCCUCAGGGAUGCCAGCACCUUUGGGAGAAGCAUCCCCCCAUGCUCCCAUAUCCCCCAACACUGCCCCUGUGCUACCUUCUGCUCCACAGAGAGGA